CAACCAGACUCAACCCAAGUUGAACCAACUUACCACUUCUACUUCUGUGAAUCUUCUCACAUGUAUCUUAGCUUCUUACAAGUCUAUGUCUCAGUCAUCAAUGUCGACUAAGAACCAAAGGAAAUUACACGGAGACGCUAUCGGUAUUGCUAAUGGCUGAACGCUUCUGUCAAUUUCAACUGAUUUUGGCAACAGGCCUUGUGAAGUUCUUGUCACGGACUGACCUCCGAGCUCCCAGUGCUCAUACCUUUCCGUCUUCUCAGCCGCGUCUGUCUCUCUCGAGCUCCCAGUGCUCAUACUCUUCCGUCUUCUCAGCCGCGUCUGUCUAUCUUGAGCUCCCAGCGCUCCUGCUCUUCUGCCAUCACGCCGGCACCUGCAAGCUCUCAGUGCUAUCGCACGUCCCGACGUAUCUCUGUCGCAUGUUUCACGCUCAGACUUGUUUCAUGCUCAAACAUGUUCCGCUCGCAAGCAUCACUCGAUUCUCGUCAAGACCUCCAUCGGCAACUGCCAAUAUUCUUUUCAGGGUCUUUGCCAUCGCCCACGUCUAUCUCGUCUGUUCCGUUGCUUUAGGCUGGCAAUGUAUAGAAGGAGCGCUUCUCGCACCUUUGUAGCAUUGUCAGCAACAUCCGUUUACACCCAAUACUACCUUCUGUUUGCAAGUUUCUGUUGCCAAAAUCACACUCAGCCUAAGCUCCCUGUGUCCAUCGAUACGCCCUGUCUCGCCAGGUCGUGAUCGUCACAGUUUGCUGACCAUAUGGUAGGGUUUACCAGAGACACCAUUUCAGACACGUCCAACGUCCCAACCCCGAACAUUUCUU